UUUAAGAUGAAUAUUCAACGUAAAAAUAAGGCUUCAAGCUCAUCUAAGAAGGCCUGUGAGGUAGCCUUUUUUAGUGUCAAAACUCAGAGAGUCAUAGGCGAUCUGGGCCAAAAUAAAGACUGCAAGGAUAAGAAAGUCACCUCAAAGUUUGUUGGGAGGAAAGCAUCUUAUGAAGUUGGAAGAACACUCGAGUUGAAAUAAUCUAGCAAAGAAUGCUCAAGAAACUUGCCCAAAACACAACAAGAAAAUUGAAGCUUUUUGUCAAGAACAUAACUCUUUAUUAUGUAUUUCGUGAAUCUUAAAUGAAGAUCAUAAAACUCAUAGUUUACUGAACAUUAAGAAAGCUUACAGCCAGCUAAUGAUAGAAUGAGCUCAGAAUAUCCAAAAGGUUAAGUCAAAGGUUGCUCCAAUCCAAGACGCCAAAACAGUCAUCAAUAUGUCAAUAGAACAACUUUUGAGAGAAAAAGAAUUUCUUGCUCAAGAUCUUAGCAAAUCUUUUGGGAAAAUCAUUGACCAUAUCAAAGAAAAAAAGAAGAAAGCGCUGGAGAAUCUCACCCAAGAGUAUGAACAAUAUAAUAAGGAGUAUAUUGAUAAGAUUAACCAGCUCGAGAGUUCACUUUCUUCUGUAAAGAUAAUUAAGUCUAUCGAUCAGUCUUUGAAGGCCUACUCUGAAAUAGACUUCAUCAAGUGGUUUACGAGCAAGCAUAACCCUGUGCAGAAGUUAGUUCAGACUUCAAAGAAUGUAGAUAUGACUAUUCCAACUUUCCAGCUUACUUUUGAUAAGCAGAAGGAGAUUUCUGAAUUAGUUAAUUUGUUUAAUCUGCCAGAAAGUGACAAAAAGAAACCAUACCCUAACAACUGCAGUAAUGGGAUCAAGAUAGGAAGAAAUUAUAGGACAUCAAACCCUCCUAGAAAUUUAAACAAAUGAUAUUCAGUCGCAGCUUUCUAUGAAAAUAAGUCUGGAAUGAAUCCUCAACUGUCUACUUUCGAUAGGACUCAGAAUCAAGGAAGCCUGAAAGCGAGUCCACUCAAAAAUUUAGUGAAGCCCCAAAAGAGUAUCUCUAAAGAGUCUAAAACAACUGAUAGCACAUUUAAGGUUCACAAGAAUUCAGAGCAAAGAACUCAUCGUGAAAAGAGCAAUAUUCUAUCCUUCUUGAAAAAGAACAACAAAAUGAAGAAAAGCAAGUUAAAGUGAGCAGCAAGGACCAAGAUUGACUUGAAAAGUUUAAAUUCUAAUAAGACAUCUACUAACACAAGUUACCUCAACAACUCAAUGAUUAGCCAGACUUCACCUUAUAAGAAGGAGAGGUGAGAGACCACAUAUGAUAAUUAUGUUACUGAGACUAAACGUGUGGAUGACACUUUGGAUAAGAAUCUAAGCUAUGAUUUGAAGAGCAGAAGCCAAUCAAAGCUGAACGGCAAAGCCCAGCCGGUCAGUGACAGUCCUGAGAAAGUCAUUAACAGAGCUAUAAAUAUGAAUGAAAUUAAAAAGAGCAAUCAGGAGUUGAUUAGAAAGAGCUUGCAAAAUUUUGAAUCCUCUUUCAGAGAUAUCCUUGGAGAUAAGCAUCCUCCCACUCAAAUGACAGAGAGAUCGGAAAACAUUCGUAAAUCUCCUGAGAAUCUUAAGACAGGGGCAUUCAUUGGAAAAAGGUUUUCAGCUUCAUGUAUUGAUUACCAGACUAAACGAAACCAGAAAUAAAAUGCAGAAAACUCAGAAUUUAUUUCAAUAUAGAAGCCAAAAAGCUUCAAGAGAAAGAUGAGACAAUACUGAAAACGGCUUUAAAGCUGAUAGAGGACUAAAAGAAGUUAAUUCGAAUGAGAGAAAUAUUCAAAUUAAUGCAACUAAUGGAUAUAAGGUUAAAAUACCUCUAAAAUGUGAUAGCUAUAUGAAAGGAGUGGUCAGUAUUAGAAAGUCAAUGCAGACUUCAAACUCAUUUUUAUGACAGCAUAAGAAGUUGAACACAAGUAACAGAAAGACUUGGAAAAAUAAUGAGUAGAUCGAAAUAUUAUCGAUACUAAUUCCAACCAUGAAGUUUUUGUGAGAAAUUCUAAUUAUGAGUUUAGUCUGUGAGCUUAGAUGGCAUAUCGAUAAUUCGUGAAAUUUAACUACAUUAACUCGGCAUUUUGGGUUUACUAACAUUCUUUUUCAAUCAACACCAUUUUAACGGAUUUCUGUUU